AAUUGAGCAUUUGAGCUCCAUGGUGAGAGUUUUUUGGAAAAGAAACAAAGGUUCUCAUUUCCUAUUCAGCUAUUCAAAAUAACAAUAUAAAAUUUGUUCCCGCCAACAGCAUUACAUAUCUCUUUCUCAAAUCUUCGAUCAAAUGAAGAGAGCUCUCGAAACCCUAGACACCAUGAAUAAUUACCACGUUCAUGAAGCUAUCGGCCAUGGAAAUUACUCGACCGUUUAUAAAGGAAGAGAAGAAGACAAUUGAGUAUUUUGCUAUUAAGAGUGUUGAUAAAUCCCAAAAGAGCAAGGUUCUUCAACAAGUCAGGAUCCUUCAUUCUCUAGAUCACCCAAAUGUGCCAAAAUUUUAUUCAUGGUAUGAAACUUCUGCUCACUUAUGGUUGGUAUUGGAAUAUUGUGUUGGAGGAGACCUUAGAAGCUUACUGAAACAGGAUGAGUAUCUUCCAGAAGACUCCAUACACUAUCUAGCCUGUGACCUCAUCAAAGCUUUGCUCUCUGUGAUUUUGGAUUGGCUAGAACGUCGGCUGAUGUAUCAAAAACUCCUUUAUCCAUUCUUCCACAAGAGCAGCUUGGAACACCUUGUUACAUGGCCCCAGAGCUUUUCCAAGAUGGGGGCGUGCACUCUUAUGCAUCGGACCUUUGGGCACUUGGCUGUGUCUUAUAUGAAUGCUAUACAGGGAGGCCUCCUUUUGCAGGAAGAGAAUUGAGUCAGCUAGCAGAAUCUGUACUCGCAGAUCCAACUCCACCUCUUCCAGGUAACCCCAGUGACCCUUUUGUCAAGCUGCUGAAUUCUCUGUUGCUGAAAGACCCAGCCGAAAGAAUACAGUGGACAGAGCUUUGUGAAAAUGUAUUCUGGAGAACUAAAAUUAACCCAGUUACUUUGCCUCCUCAGCCUGCUUUCCAUGAUAUGAUUAAAAUGUUUACUAAGAACAUAUCUAGAUGAGUGCAAUGGCAAGGUGCGUAGUGAAAAAACCAGUGAUGGUGAGGAAAACUAUGGUUGAUCAAGGAGUAAGGAAAAUGUCUGGAUGUAGUUAAAUUGAACUGAUGAGAAAUAAAUCAACAAGUUUUGUGAAGUAAAUUUGAACUUAGAUUGAGAUAUUCAGGCUUUUUAGGUCAUGUAUAUGACUUGGUCAUAUCUGACAUGGGUUUCUGGCCAUUGUUCCUACUGCAUACUUGCCUGCUAUUACAUUUUGCAUAUGGACCCUCCAAAUGGCCAUUGACAUUUUUUGCACCAAUGAGUAAAUUAAUACUUUCUUGUAUAUACAAGUAAAAUGAAGGAAAGUGUCCUUGGCCAUGUGUCCCAAUCACACGUCUCCCUCCAAAAGACUGGGUAAUCUCUUUAUGAAAAUCAGUAAUACAGUCGAAAGAUGACUUUCUUGAUGCAAAAAGGAUUCUCGUCAUGUUAUGUGUAUAGACUAUAGUGUCUCUUUUACUGCCUCAUGGCGUUGUUGUGGCAAGAUCACAAGGUUAAAGAUGAAUGCUAGGCUUGUUGCUCCUUGAAGGCUUGGUUUGACAGAGCUUAAAGAUGAAUGCUUGGCUUACUACCUCAUGUUAUAGAUGAUAGUAGAAUACAUAUAUAUUUGGAUGAUGAACUUAGCUCUUAUUGCCAAGCCAUUAUUAGGAGAGAACACACUAUAUAAUCUAAAUAAAUCAACUUAGUGCCUAGAGGCUAGAUACUACACUCAAAAGCAGCAUGCUCCAGGUUAAUAUUAUUCUUACACCUGCUUGUUCUUUUUAUCAUACUGCUAUCUUCUUUAAAUUGAUUAUAAUUUUUUUUUUAUAUUUAUCAUGAAUUGCGUGUUCUUUUACGAAUGAAGAUGAAAUAUACUUUCUAUUUAGAACUAUGUUUUCUUACUUUGAAUUGUUUUAUCUCUUGAAGCAGGAUAUACAUAUGGGUAUAAGAUCUAACUUAUAGUAAUAGUAAUAGUAAUAGUGUAGGUAUAUAUGCUAUUCUCGAAUGAGGUUAAAGUGUUUGAUUUGUAAGGAUGUGUAUAGAAUAUGAGAGAAUUUUGGGAACAAAAUUGUUGCCUUAGAGAGUUUUUAGAGAGGUGUUUGUAAGUUAGUUUCAUAAUUAAGAAAAAUGGAGUAUUUAUAGACAAAAAACUAGAAUUAGGGCAAGAGACGGGAUCACGCAUAUCUACCAAACUUAUGCAUGGAUCGUAUAGUAACUCAUAGGUGGCACACGCUACACAUUGGUGCUAGGCCCAACUUGUGACAUGUCAGCAAAAGCAACCAAUCUCUUGGCCAUGUGGACCGACCUCUUUGUUGUUGAGCUAAUCGCAACAAAUCUAUGGGAGGCAACAUUUUCUGGCUAGGAUGUCUAUUUGCUAAAUUGCUAUUUAUGUGAUCUUUAAUCAUAAUUUUUUUCGAUUUCCUAGCUUGGACACGGGAGGUAUUUUGAAAUACUUUCAGAUGAUUGAUUAAAGACAAUUUAGAAAGAAAAAACGAUUCUACAAAAUGUGUUUAACAGAAUCAGCUUAGAAAAAGGGUUUAGAUAUGCUUGUAAAGGUUCAUCUUCUUUAUUCUUUGUAGACAAGUGAAGUAGAUGGAGAUGUGGAAUAUAUUUUAUCAUGGAGUGCUAAAAUAUGGAGACAUCAUGUGUUACAAAUAAUAAUAGCAAUAGUAAUACUAAAGGAUUAAAUAUUAGACACAAGAUUUUAAAGAAAUACAUACACAAUACAAUUUUUUAAAGUUUUAAACCUUCCCCUAGUAAAGAAAAAAAACAAUAGAGAUAAAAUUAUAAAUCAUGUAUACAUCAUUAUUCAGUACAUUCAUGUAGUCUCAAGAAAUACAAAAUAUUGUAUCCUUCAAGGUUUGCCUGGGAUGUCAAACUUAGGGAGUUCAGGCAUUGUGGGUUUCGGCAACUCAGGCAUAGUAAGUUUGGGUAUUUCAGGCAUUGUGGGUUUUGGCAUCUCAGGCAUUGUGAGCUUAGGUAGCUCAGGCAUAGUCAGCUUGGGAAACUCGGGCAUUGUGGGCUUUGGCAGCUCAGGUAUUAUGGCCUUUGGCAGCUCGGGCGUAGUGAGCUUGGGCAACUCAGGCAUUGUGGGCUUUGGCAACUCGGGCAAUGUAGCCUUGGGCAACUCAGGCAUAGUAAGUUUAGGCAACUCUGGCAAUGUAGGCUUGGGCGAUUCAUGCUCGGUUGGCUUGGGCUCCUUUGGUAAUUUCGGCUCUGAUAUGUCUGGCAGUGUUGGCUUAGGUACUUCGUGCACUGUGGGUUUUGGAAGUUCAGGCAAGGUGGGCUUAGGCAACUCUGGCAGGACAGGUUUUGGGAGUUCGGGCAUUGUAGGUUUAGGAAGUUCAGGAAAGGUGGGCUUAGGCAACUCUGGCAGGACAGGUUUUGGGAGUUCGGGCAUUGUAGGUUUAGGAAGUUCAGGAAAGGUAGGCUUUGGAAGUUCAGGCACUUCUGGUUUAGGCACCUCUAGCUUUGGAUGUUCUGGCAAGGAAGCUUCUAAAAGGCGGCGAGCUGCGACUGGCAUUGGCAUGGUACUCAUUGCACAAGCAACGAGCAUAAGACCACAAAGAAACAAGCGAGAUCCCAUGGUUGAGAGCAAACGAGAAUAGAAUGAGGAGUGCAACUUGGUGUUGAAGAGGUACUUUUGUGUUAGCUUAGGAUAUGAUGUACUUUGUGCAUUUAUGGGUAUUUAUAGGUAAGAUGAUGAUUAUAAUUUAUAAGAAUAGAUAAGUUAGAUGAAUUUAGGUGGGAAAGAUGAUACAUAGCUCAACUCCUGAGGGCUGAGCUAUAUUAUCACCAGCUAUUAGAUGAAAAGAUGAGUAUAUGACAUGCAUGAGCUUUUCUUCUGAUGUAAUGCAGUUGAAAUAUGAUGUAAAUCCUGAAAACUGGCAGUAUGAGAUAGAAGUAUAGCUAUCUCCUGGUCCACACAAAAGGAAAAUUUAGGUAACCUAAGAAAACGAAUAAAGGGAUAUCAAGUUCAAGUCCAGGGCCCACAAGGCCAAAACUGUAGAAGGCCUGUUCAUCAGGCCAGGUCAAUGUUAAACGUGUCAGGUCAGGCUGAGAACAACUCAACUGGGCCGGCUCAAGGCCCAUUUGGUCUGGCCCAACUACUAAAGAAACAGAAAAUAUUGUUAGAAGCUAGAAUUUCAGGCCCAACUACCUAAGAAACAGAAAAUAUUAUCUAUUUUUGAUUAGUUAAUUUCUUCUUCUUCCCUCUAUUUUCUGUCAUUUUGCUCCUGCUUUGAAGUUUGAGCAUGAUAUUCUUGUAUUUGCUAAGCUUGGACUUAAAAUUGUCAGUACUAACGAGUAACAGUAUGCAAAAUUCACAACCAAUAAUUUUAUGAUUCCUUAGUGUUCCUACCCUCAGGAAUUUUAUUCUAGUGGUCGUCAUUGUAUAUUACCACUCACGGCAAGUUUGGUAGUCGUUAAUAAAUUGCGAUAAUGGAAAUGAAUUUUAAGUGUAAUUUUAUUAGCAAAACACCCUUAAAAUCUCCAUGGGGAGGCUUUUUUUCUCCAUGGGAAAACAAUCUCACCCAUAAACUUGUGUUUCUGUCUCCAAGGGAAGUAAUUUUCAUUACCACUCAUUACCACCUACAAGGUGGUAUUGGAUGGGAAUGAAAAUUCAAGAAGGAAAGUGGACACUUUAGAAUAAAUUAGCAUUACCAUGGAAAUGAACAAUGAUAUUUUUCACAAAUUUACACACAAAUUCAUUCCCAUUACCACCAUUUAUGACCAACUACCAAACGGGCCGUUAAAGUAUGUGGGAACUUGCAAUUCAUCAUUUAUUUCAAAGAUUUUGAAGAUACCUUGUUAGAUUUGCAAAUGGAAGUACUAUGAUCAUAUGGUAACUUGCUUGAAUCGAACAAGAAAGGUUUUCAAGUCUUUGUGUUGUGCAUUGUACUCAAGCGAGCCACUUUUCGCUUGAUCAACUACUGAGUUGUGCAGCUUAUGCUGAUAUGACAUAAUGACAGUCAUAUAUAAUAAGGCUUUGUACGAAAAUUCUUGUAUCAGAUGAUCUACCUUGAAUGGAACACGAUCGGUUAUACAAAAAAUACUUGAAACUUUUGUACGACACAUCAAAAGUUAGUAGUCUAACUGGGUCAGGCGACUAUCUGAAGCCUAAACAUGCUAUCUUUUCUUGUACCGUAUGACAAAAUUUGAGGACUGAGGAGUUUAUCUUUUCUGAAGUGCUGAAAAGUUCUCUGUUCUAUUGCUGGUUUAGCUUCCAUGGUAGGAAGCAAACUCUUUUAUAGCAACACUAGUAUUUUUUACACGUUAUGCGUGCAUGUCAUAUUAACGUUUUUCUUAAUUAGUUAUUCGUCAGUGUUACAAAAAAAUUGAUUUGAACAAACAUUUAUAAUAAUUUUAAAUAUAUUUUCUUAAAUUAAUGUUUUGUUGGUUUUUUUCGAUUAUUUGUUUACCCUUAUUCAAAUAUAGUAUUGAGAUAAGGACAUACAUAAAGCAGAAGAAAACUUGUGCUCAAAUAAGGUGGAAGAAUUUGUGUAUCAGGUUUAAUCGUUGAAUAUUAAUAUAAUAAAGUGGAAGAAUCUUAUUUAUAUAAUAAAGAUUACCAAAAAAUAAUCAACAUUUAGGUUUUAAAAUAUUAUUAGUAUAAUUACUAAUAUAAAAUUCAAGUUUUUAAUUUUUAUUCUUAUUGUGUCAAUCAAGUUAUAUGAAAUUCAAGUUUUUAAUUUUUAUUCUUAUUGUGUCAAUCAUUUUAAAUUUAAUUUUUAAUCAAAUGCUUUCACACAUAUGUAAGAAGAGAAUAUCAUUGUUUUUAAUUAAAUAUUUAAUUGAAAUUUCAAAUUCAAUUCUAUUGUUAACUUGUUUAAUAUAUAUGGCAAGUAGGAUGAAGAAAAUAUUAUUUAAUAUAUAUAGCAAUAUAAAUUCAUUAAGGGUAUAUAAGACUUUUUGCAAGGAGUUACUAUCUUUCUCCUUCCUUCACUUAUACUAGUACUAGCCUUCAUAUGCACGUGAUGCGUGCGUUAAUUUCAAAAUUUGUUAUUCUAUUAGAUACUCCAUUCGUACUUUAUUUAUGAUUAAACUUAAAUGUGAAAAAUUCAACAGUUAAGUGAAUUUAGAUAUAUUAAUUCGCUAAUGUAAAAAAAAUAAAAAGGGUUGUGAGUGAUUGUUAAUAUUAAUUUUUUGUGAAUGAAUAUUGAACAGAAAGAACAAAAAUAAUGAGUUGGUUUAACUGAAUUAAAGAGUAUCAAAGGUAGUGAAUGUUCAGACUUUUCAUGUGCACGUUAUGUAUGCCAUCUUUUUUAAUAAGGUAUAUAUAUUUUGUCCAUUUAAUUUUUGAUUAAAGUAUUUGAUGCAUAUACUAUUUUAAACUUGUUUUAAAUGGCAAGUUGGAAUGAGAAUUUUUAAAUGAUUUGCUUUUGUAAUUUUUUUCAUUCCAUUAAUUAGAUCAUUAAGGGUAUUUUAGUCACUUCAAAAGAGGAUACCACACUUCCUCCCUUGACUUAUAUAAUAGAGAUUACAUGCACGCAAUGCGUGCGAUAAGCCGAUAACGUCUGAUAACAAAUGAAGUAGAAAAAUAAAAUUAAUUGGGUAAAAAAACUGUUUUUAUAUUAUGUUUUCUCAAAAAACUGAUGUUCAGUUUAAAUGUCUUACUUUCCCCCCCUUUUUUCAUUCAAAUGAAAGAGUUAGUUAUUCUCUAUUUUUUUUUUCUUUUAUUUCAUUUUCUAUUUUUUGAUGUCCUCCAUGUGUUGCCUUAUAUAAUCGAGAUAAUAGAGAUAAUAAGCAGUUUUACACAUUUGUUAAUCAGUGAGCAUCAAAAAGGUAAAUGCCAAUUCAUGUAUUUUCUUUUUCCUUUCCUUUUGUAUGGGAAAAUUGAUUUCAUACAACUGCGUCACAUAUAUUUCGGGGAAGCCAAUCGAGUAGCAGAUCUCCUAUCAAAAAAAAGGUAUACCAGUUCUGCUGCUACAGUUGACUUCGACCCUUCCACUAAACCCCAUCUUCAAAAAAUUGUUCUGCUUGAUUCGUUAGGGUUCUCCCUUGAAAGAAGGGUGUCCUAACUUCAUUCAUGUACCAAAAAAAAAAAAAAAAUACAACUGCUUUACAUACCAAUUGAGAGUUUGACAAUCUAUCACCCUU